AUGGAGACUGCACCACUGACUCUCGCUCACACCCAUGCCCGAAAUGCUGCGCUCGAGUCGCGCCGUCACAACCCUGUUGCUGCCAGCGAGGAACAUGAUCUGGCCGCGGCCGAGUUCGCAGCUGCGGCUCAAGAGACUUCCGACUCUGAAGCGUUGCGCGUGUUGAAUCUCUUGGAACAACAUCACAAGAAGCUGGGUCAACUGCUGAGGGCGGCUCACGAGAGACCGCCAGCAAAAGAGGUGCCCAACCAGCCAUCAGCUGGCGAUGGCGAAAAUGCGCAGUCCGUGCCAGAGCGACAGAAGCAAGAAUCCGAUGGACCUGCUUCGCCCGGUGCCACCGUCCAACCCCCCAGGCUCCCCAGAGCCUUGAGGUCAAGCACUCGCGAAUUGUCUUCCUCGAUUGCAAGCAACCUGGCGUCUGCGAGAGGGAUACCCAACAGCCGACAAAAGCGUCCUACCCCAAUCUCGCCGCUUGUCUCGAAUCAACAUGCCGAUGGACAUAAUGCUCAAGAUGAUCGCAGGAACAAGCCCGGACCCAGACCAAAUACAGAUUCCCCAGACGCUCUCUUGUCCAUGUCCCCCCAAACAGAUUCACGUCCAUCAUGGGCACCCCCGAUGGCGGCCUCUCCGACAAAGGCAGAUGCUGCAGAACAGCCAGAGGCCCAGAGCUCGGAUGCCCCGUUUCAGCAAUUCUACACGACUUUUGAGAGUCUUGUGUCAAAACUCAGUGCGCCGCUGGCAUUUGCAGGCUUGCCUCUAACAACCACUACACCAUCCAAGUCACCAUCUACUCCCUCUCAAAUACCCCCCAAAAUCCCGAAAACUGUGUCCCGCCCAUCACCAGCAGCACCGUCCGUCGACUACUCCCAGCUCAUUUCACGUGCUGCCCUACGUGCUGUUUCUGGCACCGGCAAUAGCACGUCGAACCCAUCCGAGUCAUUCUACGUUGUCCCCACCACCGGUGGCACAAUCUCGUACGCUGAAAUCAUGUCCCGGGCCGAGCGUGAAGAGGCCCGUGCUGGUCUUCGUGGACAUGGCCAUCACCGCCAGCCUUCUGCACUCUCAAAUAUCUCCGAAGACGAUUUCGUCGACGCACAAAGUACGAUACUUCCGGCUCCGGCCAACGGGCCACCCAGCCGCUUUACCAGAGCCCGUGGGGUUACUGAUGAGAUCAAAGUGAACGGCAAGACGAUGGAAGAACUCGCAUUGGAGAAUCAAGCACUCAAGCACCUCUCCGACACGCUUUCCAAGAGACUACACGUUUUUGAGAUGUCCGCUCAAACUUCUUCUGCGGCGCUAGCGCAGAGCAUUCGCUCCCUACACAAUCGCUCGCCUAUGCUUUCUCCCGAAAACUCCCGGGGCAAGACCAUCAGCGGGAAGAUGGGGCUAGACAGCGGCGCGAUGGCUGGUAUCGGCAAUAGUGGCGGAGCGGGCAACCGUGACACGACCCAACGCCGAAUAGCAGAAUUGGAAGAGAUUCUCCGCAAGAGUGAUGCGCGGGCAAGAAAGCGGGAAGAGGAGAAUGUCAAGUUGAAAGAGACCAUCACCAAGUAUAGAGAGAAAUGGGAUAGUCUCAAGGCGGGAGCCAAAGCGAGAAGGGCGCGUGAAAGAGCUGGCCGACCUAGCAACGGAGACAAGCCCGGUACUGGCGAGGAGACCACCACCGAAGGAGCCGAAGACGAGUCUGCCGCAGGAGGCUGA